AAUGCAGCAAGCAAACUGAAACAGCAAGCAUAGAACAAGAAGAAGAAGAAGAAAUAAUGGAGAUCUCCCAGAAAUUCUCCAAGAAAUCCAAGGAUGUCUCACUUCAAGAACUUAGAGAUAGGCUUGCAGAGUUUGCUAAAGUUAGAGGAUGGGAACAAUAUCAUAGUCCAAGAAACCUACUUCUAGCCUUGGUUGGAGAGGUUGGAGAGCUAUCAGAGAUAUUUCAGUGGAAGGGAGAAGUUGCAAGAGGACUACCAAAUUGGAGCCCUGAUGACAAGGAGCAUUUGGAGGAGGAACUGUCUGAUGUAUUAUUCUACCUAGUUCAGCUAGCUGAUGUCUGUGGACUGGACCUUGGCCAAGCAGCUCUAACGAAGAUAGUUAAAAAUGCUAAAAAAUAUCCUGUUGUUGAAUAAUCAAACUUCUUCUUGCAACUAAAUUAAACUCCUUUCUACUGGAAAUUGCUGCUUGUGCAACAAUUUUGUCCCUCCUCGUGUAAUUUUCCCUACUUAAUAAUAAGAGUGAAUUUUCUUUAUAUAUAUAGCAUGUGGUAAAUAAAUUAAUCCUCUCUUGUUUCAAUA